AUGGAAAGAAGAGAAGAAUGUGUGAAGAAAAUGGAAGAAAGAUUAAUGUUGGAAAAGAUGAAACUUGUCGCAGGCAAGAAGAGAGGAGUAAUAGGAAGAUCUUCAACCCCAUCACCUACUUGGAGACUUCAAUUUCCUUCUUCUCAACAUAAUGUUCAACCAGAGUUCCUCAACUCUCCAACCUCAAAAACUCUCUCCGCAAGAAACCUUUGUGCAAAACUCUGGGAAUUUCACUCUCAACAGUCAACAUCUGCUAGGGACUCGAGAAGACGUGUUCACACAUCAGAUGUUGAGUGCCGUAGAUCAGUUGACAGAAAUGGUUCUGCUGCGCAGUCUGCGUCCCCUGCUAGUGACCAUGGCUCGUUGGAAGUUACACCAGAAAAUGAUGUAAAUCCUAGAAGUUCUUUAGGAGAGUCAAGGUGCAACUCGAAAUCUUCGAGAGAGUUAGUCAAGGUUCUCGAUCGUAUGUGGUGUCUUGAAGAACAGAAUGCGUCAAAUAUUGCAACAGCGAAAGCGCUGAUAAGUGAAAUAGAUUUUUCUCAAGCACAAGAAAAAGAGUUAGUAAUCGAAAAGAAAAUGAAUAGGCAGAUAAUGGAGAGGCUAAUGAAGCAAAUGACAGAAAUCAAAGAGCGUGAUAUGAUCGAAUCAGUAAUUCAAUCUGUGAAGGAAGAGAUUGAAGAUGAAAGGAGGUUAAGAAAGUGUUCAGAAAGGCGAUAUCAGAGCCUUUCUAGGGAGCUUUCUGAAGUGAAGUCUUUGUUCUGUGCUAGUUUGAGAGAUCUCAAAAGAGAGAAAAGAACAAAUAUCCUUUUGGAAAAUUUGUGUGACGAUUUUGCUAAAGGUGUAAGAGAUUAUGAACAUUAA